UGCAAAAAUUUGAUUCAGUCUCAAACAACGGGGAAGCGCUGCGGCAGCCCGAUGGACAUGUUAUUGUGGACGACACGAACCGAGUGUUAGAAAGCGAACUGAAACAUUUUCAAGAUUCUCACCAUCAUAAUUUUGUGGGUCAGGACGCCCUUGCACAAGUUCUUUACGACAAGGUACGUGUUUUGUGCUGGAUAAUGACUGGACCUCAAAACAUUGAUUCAAAGGCCGUUCAUAUCUUUGCCACGUGGGGGAAGCGUUGCAACAAGGUCAUAUUCAUCUCUUCUGAACCAUCGGACAAGGUCCCCAUCGUGAAGGUGGCAACUAAAGAAGGGCGCGACUUCCUCUGGCAGAAGACCCGAGGAGCCUUCCAGCACAUCUACGACAACUUCCUGGACGACUAUGACUGGUUCCUGAAAGCAGAUGAUGACACGUUUGUCAUCGUGGAAAACCUACGCUACUUCCUGUCAUCGUACACCCCCGAUACGUCGAUUUACUUUGGCCACAAGUUCAAGUGCUUCGUCAUGCAGGGUUACAUGAGCGGAGGGGGCGGUUACGUGACCAGCAGAACCGGUGUUAAGAACCUGGUGGAGAUUGCCUUUAAGGAUCCUUCCACAUGUUGGGGCAUGGACAAGAAGGGUGGUGCGGAAGAUGUAGAGAUUGGCAAGUGCUUUGAAAAUGCUGGUGUUGUUGCAGGGGAUUCGAGAGAUUCCUUGGAAAGAAAUCGUUUUCAUCCGUUCCAACCUGAAGCCCAUCUUGAUCCUAAAGGCCUCCCGGAUUCUUUUUGGUACUGGGAUUAUAUCUAUUAUCCACGUAAUGAGGGUUUUGAAGGAUGCUGUUCAGAUUACUCUAUAACCUUUCACUACAUUCCACCUGCCGCUCUGUACAACCUGGAAUACCUUGUUUAUCAUCUGCGUCCCUUCGGUGUCGGAACGUACCCAUGUCCAGCCGAUGUACCUAAAGAGAUUCUUCAAGAGGCGCGUUCCAGGCAGCAAUUGCCGCAAUCGCAAGAACAGCCUCUGGAUGAUCAGGAGAGGAAACAAGUGGAACAAGGGAAAGAAAAGUCAAGCCAAGAGAAACAGCGGGAUGAGGCUCAGGAGAAACAAGAGAGCCAACCAAAACAAGAAAAGGAAACAAACUUUGAUAAUGGAAGGACGGACCUUGAAAAACCAAAGGAAACGGAAGAAAAACCUGUAGAAAUAGAAAAAGAAAUUGUAGAUGUGUUAAAAAAUGAAACGAAGAAUGUUGGAAUAGAAGAUAAAAAGGACUCUGUUAGGUGAUCAAGGAUUUGUAAGUGAGAUUAUUAAUAAAUUAUUGAUUUGAAUCUAGCUUAGAUCUUUAAAAUAUUUAUUGUAUUGCAAAAGCACUGUUUUCUUGCAAAAUCUACUAGCAUUUCAGAUCAAAAAGCAAUAUUCCGGUAUCCACUACCUAUUUGUGGUGCAAUUGCUAUGCACAACUCAGCAAUGUACAUGUAUAUUCAUGUCAUGACUUCUGUAUUUAAAGUUCUUGCAUAAACUCAUGGUAAAACAAGUGUUGUUUUUCUCAGAACGCCUGAAAUUUUGCGACAAAACUGUUUGAUUAUACUGUAGGUGUAUGUGUAGACAGUAUAUCAAUCUGUGAUUCUUUCAUUUUCAGACUUGUUUGUAUUCAAAUUGAUUUGUUCAUGGAAAAUGGGGAUUGGUGUUGAUUCUAGGUAGAGUUGUUUGCAGAGUGUAGGCAACCACAGAGCUGUGAUUUGACCUUCAAAUCAAUAUUAACAAAGUCAAUGGGUAUUACGAAUUCGAUCAAAUUUUACAUUGAGUUCCAAUGAAUUUUCAUUUGUAUAU